AUGCAGUUCCUCUUCACUGCAGUCUUCCUGCUAACUUUGAGUUCAGCGCAGAAAACACAAAAACCUGUAAGAAGAUGUCCCAAAGCGUGCAGCUGUGAUGACUCCAAACUCUCAGUGGUCUGCGUUGGCAAAAACCUGACAGAAAUUCCUCAGACUACAGACGAGAUUACGGUAAGACUCGACCUGAGGGAUAACAACUUACGGCUGCUACCAAGGGGUGCGUUCCUGCGCACGCCCUACCUCACCCACCUCAACCUGCAGCGCUGCAACAUCCUCAAGGUAAAGGAAGGUGCCUUCCGCACUCUUGGCCGUGUGGUGUCCCUAAACCUGGCCAACAACAAAAUUGAGAUCCUUUACCAGGAGUCCUUUGAUGGCCUCUCCUCCUUGAAGGAGCUGCACCUGGAUCAUAAUCAUAUCGAGGAGAUCCAGCCUGGAGCCUUCACACAGCUCGGCUUCCUCAACAUGCUGUCUCUCAGUCGCAACCGUCUGGUUUACAUCCCCAACAUGGCCUUCCAGGGCCUGCAGAACAUCAAACGGCUUCGUCUCAGCCACAACUCCCUGAACAACCUGGCACCGGAAGCGUUCGCCGGACUGUUCACGCUUGGUCGCCUCAGCCUGGACCACAACGAGCUGCAGUUCUUCCCCACACAGACUAUGACCAGGCUCCCGGAAGUCAAGCACCUGGACAUGAGCUACAAUCUCAUGACCUACCUGGGGGAGGAAGCUGUCUCCAUGGCGAAGCUCACCCACCUGUACCUGCAUCACAUGUCCCUGCAGGACCUGUCAGACCAGGCAUUAGCCCACGCCCCGCUUCUGUCCCACAUCGACCUCAGCCACAAUCAGCUCCGUUACCUGGAGCCCCUCUCAGGCCCGAAACAAUUAGCCAUCCUCAAAUUGACUGGCAACCCGAUCUACUGUAACUGCUUUAUGAGGCCCCUGAAGGAGUGGGCGACCACUGGAGGUGUGAAGCUGCUGGGAGCCUGUGCUGGACCCCCUCACCUCGCUGAUGAGCAGCUGCAGGCGGUGGCUUCCCCGGAUCUACGCUGUCGAAGCAGAGGUGAAGCGCUGGAGGAAGAGGAGGAAGAGGGGGAUAAAGGAAAUAACACAGUCACAGCCAAACCCAGACGGCCAGUCAAGUGUCCACCAAACUGUGAAUGUGAUACCGACGCCCAUCAUGCCACAUGUGAGAACCGGGGUCAUACCAAAGUCCCACGAGGCUUCCCCACCACAACGCAGCUGCUUGACCUCCGUGGCAACCAUUUCCACUUCAUCCCUUCCAGCAGCUUCCCAGGCACCAGCCAAGUUGUUUCUCUCCACCUGGACUUCUGCAAAAUCCAUGAAGUCGAAGGCGGCGCAUUCCAGGGCUUGAAAAACCUGCUUUAUUUGUAUCUGUCCGAUAACAGUCUCACAUCCUUGGACCCAAAAGCCUUUGCUGGAAUCCCAAAGCUCACAUACCUCCACCUGGAGGGGAACCGACUGUCCCUCUUCCCUGGUUCAGCUCUGUCACUUUUACCAAAUUUGUUUGUGUUACAUCUGGAGAGAAACACCAUCUCCAAAUUAGAGCCCACCGGUUUGCUGUCCUCAGUAGCUCCUACACUCAGGGAACUUUACUUGAGCAACAACACCAUGACUUUUAUUGCCAAGGGCGCUCUAAGCUCAGCGUUCAUCGGUACUCUUGUCUUGGAUUCAAACCAGCUGACCGAGGUGCCUACUCACGCUCUGCUCCAAGCUGUAAAUCUGGAGGAGCUGAACCUGUCUGAAAACCUGGUCCGUUGGGUUGGACCAAAGGCAUUCCAGCCCGUUUCACACAGUCUUAAAAGGCUUUUCAUGGAUCAGAUGGGACUAGAACAGAUGUCCAAGGAUGCAUUGCUGGGUCUGGGUCCAGGACUCAAAACUCUCACUUUGAAAGGAAAUCAGCUAAAGAAUCUUCCUGAUCUGGGUUUACUCACUGGUCUUGAGGCGAUCGACCUACGAGACAACCCUCUGCUGUGUGACUGUGAUCUGCUGCCCCUUCGCAGGUGGAUGGAGAAUGUGAGUUUGGAGGUGACAGCAACUUGUGCCCAACCUCUUGAGCUCAGAGGUCAGCAGGUCAGGGAUGUUAACGUGUUCAUGGCCUGCCCAGAAAACUUCACUCCUCCAGAUGAAAAAGCUGUUGUAGCACUCAGACCUGCAAAAUUAAAGAAAUCCAAACAUGGUGCCCUGAAGAUUCCCGGAGAGAAAACUAGGCCAGAAAAGACCAAACUAAGCAAACCGUCCAAAAACCCACGUCAGAGAAAGCCUGCUGCACCAAAAAAGACCAAGAACCAGCAGACAACAAAUAUGAAAACCUGA